AUGAAAUAAUUAUAGUAAUUAUAAUCAUAAGAGGAGAAGACAUGCAAAAGGUUUUUGGUGGCUAAAAGUGUUUCUUAAGAACAUAGAAUUAAAAGCAAUGACAGUAGACCUAAUAACAUCUUUAUGCCAACUUAUGAUGAGUAUCUGUUAUAAAAUGGGCCAAAAUUUACAGAAAAUGGGGACUUGGUUUAACAUUCAAUUGUAGGUAAGAGCGAGUGGUUUAAUAAACAAAAACUUGGGAAAAGACUUCAAUUUGAUGAUUUGGCCUCUAAGCAAUUACCAUUUCAUAAAGGAAUAAUUAGAUAGGACACAGCAGAUAAAGGAUCUGCACCAAAGAGUGAGUAAAAAAGCACAAAAUUUGGGAGUAGUACGAAGUUAAAGAAAAAUCAUAAUAACAAUUUAACAACAAAAAAUCAACUAAUUGAAGAAUUGAAUAAUAUUAUGUAGAGAAUAAAAACCAAUUCAGAUGUAGAAAAAGGGAAAGUAGAGUAGUUGGAACCGUAAUUGAAAAGGGUGUUGACAAAAGAAACUAGAGUUUUAAGUAAACAUGAGGAGACCGAAAAAUACUGGAACUACUUUACUGAAAGACAGGCUUGUUUAUUAAAUAGGGAUAGGAUUAGUUCUCAAUUGUUGCAGGCAGAAAAAUACAAAUUAAAAAAUGAUACUGCAUAAGUAUUUAAUGUACUCAAUACUGAAUACGAAAGAAUUGCAGUCAAUAAUUGGUAAAAAACGUUGAGGAAAUUUGAAAAUUCUAAAUCCAAGAAAAUCAAAGUAAGAGGAAAAGAAAUGAUUAUUGAAAAGGAAUAAAAAGAAGAUUUUAUAGUUGGUUCUGAUUUGCCUAGAGCUUUUAGUGAACAGUCCUUAGUGGGUAGUCGUUUAGAAUAUAUAUAAAAGCCAGAGGUUAAAGUUAUAAAUGACCCAUUGGCUUUUAAGAGUUUCAAGAGCAAUAAGUACUUACUUCAGAGAUUGGAUGAAACUCAAGAUUAUUUUUAAAAUUCUUAUAUGAUAUCUCCGGAUAAAAGAAAUGAUUUCGAUAAACUAAUUAUUUUAGGCAAGAGUUAGUUUGAAAUUGAGAAGGAAAUGCUCUUGAAUGAUGGUGGAGACAGUACGGGUGUGUAUCGUAAAGACAUUGAUAAACCUCCAGAUGAAUAUACAAAAGAGUAAAUUUAUGAACAACAAUAUGCAAAUAAAGUUAAGUUAAUUCUACCAUAAUUAGGAAAGUGGAAAUCUAAAAAGUUAGGCCCAUUAACAAAUUAGAGUGAGAAAUCUGAAUUGAGUGAUGAGUGGGUUGCUGAUGAUAUCCUUAAAAUCUGA